AUGGAGAAAUUAGUUGGAAAAUAUAAUCAAUUAAGGAAUUCUCUAAUUAAACCAUCUCCAUAUGCAAUUGCAGCAUGGCUUUCUCAUGCACUUGUUAGUAUUCGUCCAUUUGAAGAUGGUAAUUGUAGAAUGUCUCGUUUAUUAGGUAAUUUGGUAAUGUUUCAAUAUGGUUUCCCAUUUCCAGUACCAAUAUCUAAUAAUAAUGAAUAUCUUGAAGCUCUCAGAUUAGCUGAUAGAGAUUAUGAGUUUGGAAGAAAUACAUCACAUUUAAAUAGUUCAAAUAAAAUCUAUAGAAAUUAUUUAUCAAAUUUAAGUUUAUACAAUGAAUUUAAAUAA